UACAAGGCCAUAAGCGACGAGGGAAUGCCGGUAUACCAGAGGCCGUUCAUGAAGGGUAAGCUGUACAUCCACUUCACAGUGGAUUUCCCGGACUCGCUGAGCCCUGAGCAGACCAAAGCACUGGAAGCUGUUUUGCCCAAGCCCUCAACAGCUCAGUUGAACGACAUGGAGAUAGAUGAGUGUGAGGAGACCACUCUACACGAUGUGAACAUUGAGGAUGAGAUGAGGAGGAAGGCACAAGCUCAAAGAGAGGCUUAUGAUGAUGACGAUGAUGAUGAUGACCAUCCUGGUGGUGCUCAGAGGGUGCAAUGUGCCCAGCAGUAAGUAAUCU